AUGAAAGGUGAUCUCAUCAAACUGUUUCCUGUCGCUGCGGGAUCCCAGAAAUACACCGACGUUGAGACAGAGCUAAGAACCAGCUUCACGCCCAACAUCAUCAGCAUUGUUCAGAACAUGACCCUGUGGAAGAACUACCAGCUGUUAAAGAAACAGCUGGAUGUGAACAACAAACACAACAACGAAAGGAAGCUCUUCCACAAACGAGGCUUCAACCGCAGCUACACCGGAACACAUGGUGCGAUGUACGGCAAUGGUUCCUACUUUGCUGUGAGUGCGACAUUCUCACAGGGCUACGCUAAACCUGACAUCAGGAACCACAUGCGCAUGUACCUGGCCAAGGUCCUGGUGGGAGACUUCACCACGGGAAGAGCCGGCAUGAUCACCCCCCCCACCAAGAGCUCCAGCAAUACUACAGACCUGUACGACAGUGUGGCAGAUAACAGCGCCAAUCCAACCAUCUUUGUAGUCUUCGAUGACAUCCAGGCGUACCCAGAAUACCUCACAUUCACCUGAUCGAUGCUAUGAUCACAUUGUGCCACAGUUCUGAUCAAAACAUACCUCUGUUUUUAGUUUUCUUGUCUGCAACAACUGUUUAAUACUUAUAUAAUACAUUGCAUGUUACCUGAAGGGCUCGUUUCCAUUUGCUUUAUUGAGAUUAAAGUUAACUGUGAUUUCCUUAAUCUAGCAUUUGUCACAUUGAGUUUGUUGCUCAGUAAUGUAGUUUUGAAUUAGUAACCUGUCAUCUUUUUUUGUUUAACAGUUUUGAUUGAGAUUUCAAAAUCAGAGAAAAUAUACAUUCACUAGCAUUCCUCCAUCCCACCCAGUAAAUAAUUGUAUUACCAACAUUUUUCAGAAUAUUUCUAUCCUUUUUCAUUCCUUGGAGAGAAGCAUUUCAUCAUUCGUUUGGAAUGGCAAGCCCCCGAGAAUAAGGAGAAGUGCCCUUCAGAGACCUAACAAACUUGAGCUUUUCCAACAUUAACAUAUAUAAAUAAA